CUGGAGCUCAGCCAGAGAGCAGGGUCCUACAGGCCUGCGGGGACUGUGUCUUUAAGAGCACAGAGCCUGCCUUGAAUGCAAUCAGCUCCGCAUGGGUAGCCAAGCUCCCGUCCCUAGCACACACAGCUCCCCGCUGGUGGCAAGGGGGUAGCGAGGCUGUGGGCACGCAGGCAGCGGGCGGCAAGGGCAGGGGUGUGCACGGACGCCUGGCACUCGGCCUGCGUGACUCGUUGGACAGAACACACUGACAUUUGAAAAGGAAAAAAAAAUACCCAGAGAAACAGACGGAGCUUUGAAACGACCGGGAGAAAGACACACAGCAGGGGAAUCGAACGGGGCAGAGGGGAAAAGUUCCUGGGCAGGGAGAGGAUGUGAGCAGAAGGGCUGGCCGGGAGCCGGAAGGAUGCCAUGGACUCUGGCAGGGAAAGUGGGGCAGCAACCGGCAGCCAUGGAGACAACCUCGCAGACACCCGUGCCAGCCUGGCAGAUCCCCCCUCUCUAGCUCAGCGACGGGAAAGGGGACUGGAGUCUGGCUGGAGCCUGGAAAGGUGGGUUCUGGACUGGCUACCUCCUGCAUUGACCGGCGAGGAAGGCCAGCUUGCACCCUCCCACCCAACUUUCUCCAAGGCUGAGGAUCCGGAUGUCGACUGAACGUGACAAUCGCCGGGCGGUUAAACGCCGACCGAUUCCCGGGCACGCACUGGAGCGAGGUCAGUGCCCAUGUAAUCAGAUCCCGAGAGGACUAGCACACACAUGAUCUCAGCGGACGAUGCGGAGUACCCACGGGAAUACAGGACCCUGGGGAACGGGACCCGGCGCUUCUCCAACGUCGGGCUGGUGCACACCUCGGAACGCCGGCACACGGUGAUCGCUGCCCAGAGCCUGGAGGCCCUGACUGGGCUCCAGAAGGCCGAGAUGGACCGCAAGCGGGACGCCUUCAUGGACCACCUGAAGAACAAGUACCCGCAGCAUGCCCUGGCCAUCCGAGGCCAGCAGGAGAGGAUCCGGGACCAGCAACCCAACUACUGGAGCUUUAAGACAAGAAGUUCGCGGCACUCCCAGGGCUCCCAGCCCGCCCUGGCCGAUCAAGCCAAACUCUCCUUCGCCUCAGCGGAGUCCCUGGAAACCAUGUCUGAAGCCGAGCUGCCCAUUGGAUUCAACAGGAUGAACCGGUUCCGGCAAAGCUUGCCUUUGUCCCGCUCCACCAGCCAAACCAAGCUCCGGUCACCAGGGGUCCUUUUCCUGCAGUUUGGGGACGAGACGAGGCGUGUCCACAUCACCCACGAGAUCAGCAGCAUGGACACACUGCACGCCCUCAUCGUCCACAUGUUCCCCCAGAAGCUAACCAUGGGGAUGCUGAAAUCGUCCAACACCGCCAUCCUGAUCAAGGACGAGUCGCGCAAUGUCUUCUACGAGCUGGAGGACGUCAGGGACAUCCAGGACAGAAGCAUCAUCAAAAUCUACCGCAAAGAGCCCCUCUAUGCCUCCUUCCCAGCCUCGCACAUCACCAAUGGGGACCUGAGGCGGGAGAUGGUUUAUACCUCCAGGGAGUCAUCCCCCACCCGCCGGCUGAACACCAUGUCCCCAGCUUCCCACCUCCCCUCCGGCUCCCCUCCACCUGUGCUCCAGUCUUCCUCCCCGUCCCGCUCCCGCAUGUCCUACAGUGGCGGGCGCCCACCCUCCUAUGCCGGCAGCCCCGUACACCACGGCGAGCGCCUCUCCAACCUGCCGCCCGCCCCGGGCGUGUCGCCCAGCCCCAGCGCCAUCCUGGAGCGCCGGGACGUCAAGCCGGACGAAGACCUGGCUGGCAAGAACAUGGUGCUGGUGAAGAACGAGGGGCUGUACGCUGACCCCUAUGGCAUGGUGCACGAGGGCCGGCUCAGCAUCACCUCCACGCAGUCCCUGGCCGGCAUGGGCGACCCCUUUGCCUACGCCGGGGGGCUCUACAAACGGGGCUCGGUCCGCUCCCUCAGCACCUACUCGGCGGCUGCCCUGCAGACGGAGCUGGAGGACAGCCUGUACAAGCCCAACGCCCAGAUCUACAGCGACACCUACGGGCCCAGCCUCGGCUUCCGCAUGCCCCCGUCCUCGCCGCAGAAGAUGGCCGACGGCCGGCUGGUGGACGUCCAGCAGGGGCAGAGCCCUCACAGCCCCUACUCGGGGCCGUCCAGCAGGUCCUCGCCCGUCCGCCAGUCCUUCCGCAAAGACUCCUGCUCCUCAGUCUUCAUGGAGAGCCCCGUCAGCAAGCCCCGGAACCCCAGCUCCUCGGGCCCCCCCGAACUCUUCCCAGGCCCUGGGGAUCGACCCCUGUCAGGGUUCAGCCCUCCUGUGCCUGCCAAGGAUACGGAAACAAGGGAACGGAUGGAAGCCAUGGAGAAGCAGAUCGCCAGCCUGACAGGGCUGGUGCAGAGCGCGCUGCUCCGGGGCUCCGAGGGCGAGACCCCCAGCGAGAAGACGGACGCCACCAAUGGAGGGACACCCCCGUCAGCACCCGCCAGCCGGAGCUGCUCGGGAACGCCGAUCCCUGCCCCCUCGCACCCCUCCGCCACCAGCACCCCGGCCGGGCAGCCGACGGCCAUCACCCGCCUGCACAUGCAGCUCCACCUCCACGACCUGCAGCAGAACGCCAGCGACCUCCGCAACCAGCUGCAGCAGCUGAAGAAGCUGCAGCUGCAGAACCAGGAGACAGUGAAGACGAUGCUGCGGCGGACGGAGACGGAGAUCAGCGUGCGGGUGAUGGACACCAUGCGCAAGCAGGAGGACCCCCUGCAGCGCCAGCGCAGCCUGGUGGAGGAGGAGCGGCUCCGCUACCUGAACGAGGAAGAGCUAAUUACCCAGCAGUUAAACGACCUGGAGAAGUCGGUGGAGAAGAUUCAGAAGGACAAUCACCGGCUCGUCCCUGUGCAGGAGCUGGAGGAGAAGGCCGUGGUGCUGAAACAGCUGGGGGAGACGCUCACAGAACUGAAGGCUCACUUCCCCAGCCUGCAGAGCAAGAUGCGGGUGGUGCUCCGGGUAGAGGUGGAGGCCGUGAAGUUCCUCAAGGAGGAGCCGCACCGGCUGGACGGCCUGCUGAAGCGCUGCAAGACGGUGACAGACACCCUCACCCAGAUCCGCAGGCAAGUGGAUGAGAGCAUGUGGGCUCAGUCCAACAACCUGAGCCAGUCCCCGAAGAAGGUGGCGCCAGAGACCGAUUUCAGCAAGGGUCUGGAUUUCGAGGUCCCCACCAGCCCCCCGAUGAACCUCCAUGACCUGACCGCCUCCACAGAUACCCUGGGCACACCGGGCUUCGGGCAUGGUCCCCCGCAACUCCCUAAGAGCAAUAACCCCUCCCGAGCUCCGGAGAUGGUGCCGGCCAAGACCCAGACAGGCCCCGAGACUCCCGGCAGGAGGAGCGUGGACAAGGCCGUGUCUGUAGAGGCCGCCGAGCGGGACUGGGAGGAGAAGAGGGCGGCGCUGACCCAAUACAGCGCCAAGGACAUUAACCGCCUCCUGGAGGAGACCCAGGCCGAGCUCAUGAAGGCCAUCCCCGACCUGGAGUUUGCCGCCAAGCACAAGCAGGCCGCCGGCAGCGCCGCCUCCACGCCUGAGCACAAGCCCCCCAAGCCGCAGCACGCACAGAAAGCCACCGCCAAAAUCGACCCCAAUGGCCGCAGGGGCUCAGAUGAGCUGACAGUCCCCAGGUAUCGGACUGAGAAGCCCUCGAAAUCGCCGCCUCCCCCCCCUCCUCGACGGAGCUUCCCCUCCUCCCAUGGGCUGACCACCACCCGCACCGGUGAGGUGAUCGUCACCAGCAAGAAGGACUCCAGCUUCAUGAAGAAGGCGGAGUCGGAGGAGUUGGAGCCCCAGAAGCCCCAGGUGAAGCUGAGGCGGACGGUGUCGGAGGUCACCAGGCCCGCGUCCACCCCACCCAUCAUUGCCUCAGCCAUCAAGGACGACGACGAGGAGGACCGGAUCAUCGCCGAGCUGGAGGUGUUUCAGAGAAGCUCUGGCUCCCCAUUUAUCCCCAAGUUCCGCUGCGACCGGCUCGCAGCCGCCGUCUCCCCUGCUCCCGCAGACUUGUGGCCCAGUGGGGCCGCCCUUGCAGCCGAAGGAUGGAAGGCUGCAGCGGCCAGCCAGCCCGAUGCUGGAACAGACUCCAGGCGCCAGCCGUCAGUCCAGGAAUCGGCCUCUCCAGCCAGCCCAGCUAUCCCCCUCCCUCAGAUUGUGCUCACCGAGUGGGUGCCUGACCUGCCUUCGCCGGAAGCAGACCUGGAGGUGGCUGCAGAAACAGGCAGCUGUCAGUGCACUUCCAGCGACAGAGAGGUGGGAAUGGAAGGAUCUCCACAUGUGGAGCCUACACAGGCCAUGGCAGAAACAGAGAGAAACUUGGAGGGACUGGGGCUCUUGCCAAGCAGCCCUGAGAACCAGGCCGAAAGGGAGGAAACCUCUCUCAUCCGGGUGCCAUCUGGUUUCUUAAAGCAGGCUCUGUCGGUGCCUGGAAGCAGCCAAGCCUCACCUGUCCAGCCUGGAGGCGCUCCAGAAGGAGAAAUGAUAGCAUUCUUAGUGACAAACACCCCAACUCAGGCUCUGUCAGAGGAUGGAGGGAACCCCCUUCUGGCAGGAGAAGAGCUUGGGACGUUGGACGCUGGAGAGGAAGGCAGCUGCGAGACUAUGGCCUAUGGGCCAGUUGUCUGUGUGGAGGACAAACCCCUCAUCGAUCUCUUGAAAGAAGCCACGGACCCUGAAGUGGGUUCCGAGAAGGUCUCCGUCACUGACGAAGGCGAAGGGUCUAAAGCGGCCGUGGGAUUUCAUGGCGAUGUUACAGAACCCAAAGCCAGGAGAACCAAUCCAAGCUCGGAGAGGAUGCCCCCCACUUCAGAAGACCCCAGUGAGGCUAGCAAGCAGGCGCAAAGGGAAGACCUCACUAGCUGUCCAGCCUCAAAGUGUCCAACGCCAAGACCAAGAUCUUUCCCAGGCAAAGAUCCAAACUACCAGGUGUCUGAACAACUCACGAUACAGCCUCCUGAGGAGCACAUCAGUGCUUCAUCAAGAUCCAGCAAGCAUAGCGCCACCUCUGGACAGAGAACGCUAGACCGAUUUGCGGUUGGAGAGGAGACCAAGGCAGCCUCGAAUACUGGAGGGUCCCCAGCAGAGAGAGAGCACGACCUGGACCUAGAAGGCCAAACCAAAGAGGACAUGUCUCCUCUCGGCUUUGCAAACCUAAGCAGCCACGAGAUUUGCGAAUGCACAUACCAAAGACUGGACAGCCUUGAAGAAACUAUCCGUGAGCUGGAGAUGACCAUUAAUGAAAUCAAUAUUCACCCAUCAGCUGAAUUUAUAUUUCGGAGAGAGCUGCUAGGACAGUUGGGGUCUCAGGAUGACAGUGGGCUAAAGGAGGGCUUGGGGGACCUUGAACACAGUUGCUGGUGUGCCAGGACCACGGAUUCAGAACAGGGUGAGGCUGAUGCUCCCAGAAGGUCAUCUCUGAGCAGGACCAAGCCACCUCUGCUACCCAAGCCGCAGCUUCCGCUCGACAGUCCUAAGAGUGGCGGCGUUUCCAUUCCAGCCAUGAAGAUGGUGAAUCCAGCCUCCCGGCUGAAGCAGAGCCAGCAGGCGAGCCCGGACAAAAGCAAACACAUAAAGCAGAGAAUGGAAUACAUGCGGAUCCAGGGACCACAGCAGAGCGCUAAGAACUUCACUCCGCCCGUUUCACGAGCUUCAAGCAACGACGACGGUGCGCGGCGCCAGAACCUGCCACACCUUGUUCAAGGGGGACCAGAACAAAAGCAGAAGGCUGUUGACAGGGGAAGGGAGGGUGUUGGGGGGGGAGCAGCUUCUGAAGACGUCUCAGAAACCCGCCGAUCUGACUGUUAAUGCUGCUGCCACUCCGUUUUUCUUUCCUUAAAGUUUUUAAACAGCUGUAACUGUGAUUAAUCCUGUAGGAGACUGUGCUGCAGUCCUCUAGCCAAGUCAUCAUGGGUCAGUGGUGUUUUGACUUUGGAGCCUGUGUGUGCAGCUUUUCCGUUGGGCUUUUGAUUGUUGACUUGCUGAAAGGUCACCGCUGUACUGAAGGCCGCCAGGGCUCAUCUUGCAAGAAGCCAGCGGGUCAGUGUUUGCGUUAGCUUCGCUGUCUCUUUCUUCCAAGGGUUUCCAAGGGAAACACCUGAGAGGGUUUAGUCUGUGAGAUUGCCUGGUGCUUCGCAACUGGAAAGACCAAAGGUCGGGGCAUCUCGGUGGCGGGGAGGCAGAAUGUUACUCCAAGAGACGUGGCUGAAACGGGUAGAGAAAUUGGAAUGAGACGGGAACGGUUCCUGAAGGAGUCAGGUUUCCCAUCAUCUUAGUUUCAUAAUGUAGCACUUUAAAGGUUUGGUCAGUUCCUUCCUGUAGUGAGAAAGAUAAACUGGCGGGGGCAGCCCAGGACUGCGUGGAGCAGAGGGGUGACGCUGAACGGCGAGGCCAGGGGCUGAGUGGCAUGGAAGGGGCCGAUACUGCCAGGCAUUGAUGAUGUUGGACUGAGGGACAUGGGAGGAGAGCUGAAUUCAGCAAGUGGGGUGGAAUGGGGAAAGACAGAGUAGCGCAGGUGGGAGGGGCGAGGUUGGAAGCCCUAGAUCUCAACUGGGGGAGAAGGGGCGUAACCCCAGCAAGGAUCAUGGGUUGUAACCGCCCUGCCCUUCCAUAUUAGUCUGCACGGCAAAGGGUGAGUGCCACUGUACUAAGCAAUAUACUGUGUGCCCAGAUGGGGGUGUAAAUUGGAGGCUGAGAAUGCUGCUGGAGUUUAAUGCUCCUGGUCCACCUCCUGGCCUCUGCAUGGACUCAUGGGUAAGUGGGGGCCGGGCCUUGGGCUGAGGGGGGGUGACAGUCCCCACCGGGCCCUCUGAAAUCUAGAGCAAUCAGCUCUGGUCAGGCAGGGCUGCAUGGAACACGCCAGGGGCUAGCAGGUGGUUUUCACCAGCAGCAGCCCCUGGGGGCUGUAAUGCCCAGGAGGCAAGCGAGGGCAAAGAAUGCAAAGUACAAUAGGCGAGGAGCGGGCCCUGGCACCGUGGCUGUAACGAAUGCACUGUAUAGCACGGCGAAGGGCUGGGGCUCGUUAGAGGAACCCGAGGGAGGGAGAUGGGGAACGAGAUGAGAAGAGCCGCAGGUCCAGCGGCCAACGCUGGGGUCUCUUGGGCUCAGUCUGGAGCCACGGAGAACGGGCACAAAAGAGGGUCACAUGCCAUGGACUCAAAUAGGUACGGGAGAGGUUUGUUAAAGUACAAUACAUGCGUGUGCGUGUGUGGGGUGGGGGUGGGAGGGAUGGCCAGUCACUGGACAAACAAAAUGUAAGCACAGAUUAUACCUAGGGGAAUCUAUGCGAGCUGUGUGUGCGUGUGAAUAUCCCAAAUGCUGUCAUGUAGAGUGCGGACCAUGUGCAACCAGAGUACGGAAUCGAAUCACUUCUUUCGUUGGCUAGUUCAUCGUCGGUUUUCAGUUCCUUCUCUCUUUUUUUUCUUUCUUUCUUUCUUUUUUGUAUGGCGAUCAUUUUUGUACAAAGAGAACGGGCCUUUUUUUGAAUAACAAAGAGAAAAGAAAAAAAAAAAAGAACCGUAAUGCAAUUUCUUUGGAUUGCAAAAAGCAACUCUUUACAUUUAAGUGAAGUGUCUUAACAUUUUAUAUUGUUUUAAAAAUAUAUUUACAUAUUAUAUAUAUAUAAAAUAUACGUAAUAUAAAUAUAUAUAUAUAUAUAAAUAUUUAAAUGAAGAAGAAAUAAAAGAACUCUCUUCACGUCUGGUAUAUGAGGGGGGUGGAUCUUCUUCCCUGGUGAAAUUGUUGCUUUAGAAACGCAGCUUUAACCCUAACGCUCAGCUUACCAUCCUGUUUUUCCUAGACCUCUCCCUGUUGCCUGUCACUCCUCCCCUCCCCCCGCUUACAUUUUGUGUGCACGAUGGGAGAGGCUGGUAUGCAUCUGGAGCGAGCCCCUGGUGCCCGUGUGUGACACCAAGCAUCGGGACAGGGUGUCGGUGGCAGGGAUUGAACCUGUGACCUCUGAAUUGUAAAGUAUGACCUUUAAAACCCAAGUCUUGGGGCUCAAGCGGGCUUCUUACCCACUGUGGCCUGGCCACCAGUGGGGAAAGCGGGGGGGCUAGAACGGAGCACCCAGCCGGUUACAGUUGCCCCAGCUCCCUUGUAGCAAUUUUUAAGAGGUGGGGGGGGCCACACGCUGUAGGCAGAGUCAGGCACACACUGGGCUGGUGGGUCGUUUUUUCCCCCUGGGAGGAGCAAGAUAAAAGGAACAGCAAGAGGCGGAGUUUAGGGGGGGGACUUAGCGCCACCCACUGGGCAGGGAGGGGAAGGAGCCGUCCCUGCUCUUAAAGAAGGGGCUGGUUUUACAGCGCGAAUAUUUCCCCCUUGCCCGGCAUUGUCCAAGCCCUUCCCCACCCCAGGGCCAGCUCCUCCCACGGCCGGGCCAGCAUCAGCCCCACGAAGUCCUACCCCCCUCUCUGCGCCUCUGCCCCUGCCAUGCACUGGGCACCCAGCUGCUCCAGUGGGGCUGGCUCAGCGCCGGGGGGGGCUCGGCUCGGCCUCACGCGCUCGGGCCAGAGGCUCGGGCGUGGCCUUUCGGGACGCGGGAUGAGCCGGAUCCGGGCUCCUUCCUUGCAGCGGUAGCCGGAAGUUGAAGCAUUCAUUUUAUUUUUCAUUACCAAAGCGAAACAUUGUAGCAAAACUGAGCGCGCUCCUGGCUCGCCCCCAUCCCUGGCCCCUGCCCUCCUCCAGCCCCCCCACUUCCUCCCCCCAGUCACCAUCCCGCUGGCUCACUGAACCCGCUGCCACAGCCUGGCUAGGGCCAGGCCAAAAAACCCACCACGGCAAAGGCGUGUAGCGUGGUGGCUUGUCUCGUGGCCACUGAGCCCGUCGCUAGUGACGGACGGGUGCCCACCUCCCAGGCCCUGCCAGGGUGGGGGGAACCCUGAGGGCAGAGCCCCCAGUAUUAAGGAGGGCCAGAUACCCUGGUGAAGGCCUUCCAGCUCCCACGGGGGGGGCACCCCCCCCCAUUGUGCCUCAAGGUAGGGGGCUGGACCAACUCGAUGCUGCUGCUGGGGCCCAGUGCCGUACUUGACUCUCCUGCCGGCGUGUGAGUCGCAAGGGUGGGGCGGCUUAAAAUCGAAAUGCUGGCAUAGCCCCCCACCCCUGUAGCUAAGGGCUAGCCCCCCCCCCCCCGCCAGCACUGCCCCUUCCCCACUGGAGGGGACGAGGUGCUUUUAAAACCCAGGUAAACCACAGCCCCCCCCGGCCUCACCUGGGUGUACGUGACUCACGUGCAUCCUGGCCUCGCUCCAGCGAGAACUGGCUCGCGGGCCCAGGCAGCUCUCACUACAUGAGCAACAGAUGUUGCAUCUGGGGGCAGAUUUUUUCCCCCCCUAAGGCACAAGGUGGGGGCGGGGGGGGGGGGGCAUGGUCAAAAGCACCUAAGGCCCAGGGCCUCCAUGGCACUUUCGCACCUAACUCCCAUUGGCUUCAGUGGGCAUUCAGCAGCGAAGCACAUUUCAAGUUCUGGGCCCGAGUGUCUUGGGCGAUAGGGAAGAAAAGAAAAAAAAUCAAGGGGCUUUUGAGAAUGCUUCACGCGGCACGUAGGCCCAGGUGCCUAACUCCCAUUGGCUUUUAAGGGGACUUGGGCACCUUUGAACAGCUGCCCCAAAGGUGCACGUGUUUAAAUGUUUACAGCUGCGUGAGGUGACCUGCUGCAGCCUCCUGUGUGCUGCAAAGGCUCCCCUCGCACGGGGGCCACGGCCAAUACUGUCAUGGUUGCCCCCGUUAACUAACGACUGGCCACGCUAGGCUGUGGCUUUGGAGGCCUGACUUAAUGUCGAUUAGCUUCGUUUCCUGCCCCAGCCCCGCCACGGUUAAGCAGACUAGUCUUCUAUGCGUGUGUGUGUGUGUUUGUGUGUGUCAUUUUCAUGGCAUCACUCCACUUGUGUGUGAGACCAACAAUCACAGCGUGUUGAUUGAACAAUAAACCCACUUUAGUUUGACUUUUAAAUUAAAAAAAGAAAAAGUUAAAAAAAACUCAAAAGGCACCACCCGAGUUACGCAUGUCUCGCUGAAGUCCCUGCUGCAUGCCACCCCUUGCUUUCGUCGUCUGAGGCUGUAUGUGGGGGGGGAUUUUGAAAGGACAAAAAAAGAAAACUUUAGAUGCUGUUUUCAGGGUUUCUACAACGUCGUGUGUCUCUCUCUCUCUCGCAUGAAUUCUAUUGUGAACUGUUUUGCGAAACAAAACAAAACAAAGCUGGUUGUAAAGGACAGGUCUGGAGUCUGUAUGUUUUUGAAAAUCUUUUUCUGGCUUCUGUCUGUAGCGUAGGUCUAUGUAUAAACUAUAUGGAUGCCAUGGAUCGUUCUGUGAGAAAUGUGAUCAUUGUAACUUGAAAAAUUCCAAAUGACAAAGGGUUGCUUUUUCUUUUGCCUUUCCUUUCUUAUUUUCUUUUUUAUCAGAGUGUCUGGCUUUAAUAAAACACUUUUUUUUUUUUCUCUA